AUGGGCGUCGUCGGCUUCCUUCUCAAAGUCAUUUUGGUUCCUAUUGCUCUAUUCAUCGGGGCCACUAUUGUCAUCAUCAUCCUCAUCAAAAUGCACCGUGAGAAAAAGGCAAAGAAGAGAGAACUCGAAAACAACUCUUUCAGGCCGCCGCCUCUACAACAGUGGGCCAUGAAUAGCCCUAUUGUUCAAAAGCCACCUGCUGCAUUCUAUUCCACCAAUACUCCCAGUCAGAUGGAGCAAGGCGUCGUGCGCCCGUCAUAG